CUCUCUCGACAAAAUAAUAAUCAUGAAUCUCCGCUCCCACCACCCGACCGCCCGCCGCCGCUCCGCCGCCCGCCCUCCCCCGGCCGCCAUCGUCCGAGCGCCCUCCGCCUGGUCCCUCCAGACCUUCCCGCCCGAGAGCCACACCGACCUCGUCCGCCGCCGGGGCGGCCUCAUCUCCGUCCCCCGGAGGCUCCUCCCGCCGCCCCCGCCGCCGCCUCCCCCGGCCUCCGCGGCGGGAGGGGGCCCGGCGAGGCUGCUGCUGAACGUGACGGUGGAGAGGAGCCUGGGGCCGGUGCAUGUGGUGAUGGCGCGGGAGAAGAGCGUGAGCGACCUGAUAAGGGCGAGCGUGGAGGUGUACGCGAGGGAGAAGAGGCGGCCGCUGCUGAGAGGCGGCGGCGACCCUCGCUGCUUCGAGCUUCACUACUCCCCCUUCAGCUUGGAGUGUCUACGGCCAGAGGAGAAGCUGAUCAGCUUGGGGUCCAGGAACUUCUUCCUCUGCAGCAAGCGCUCCACAUCUUCCAAUUCCUCUUGCUCUGGACAAGCCAGCAUGGAGGCAAACUCCCCACUCCCACUCACCCAUCUCAUGGAUUUCCUCCUGUAGAUCAAGCCCUCCCCGGUUCAAUAGAUGGAUGGAGAAAUCAUGUUAGUUGGGACGUGCCCAAUGCGCGUGAGAGUCCAAUGUGCCUGGAAGCGCGAAUCGGGCGAAUUACGUGGGAACAAACGGGAUCGUGUAUUGGGUUCAUGUUUGUAAAUUCUCAAGGUCGGGGGCUCCAAGAGGUCGGAUGGAUUUCUCUUAUGGAAGCCAUAAUGUGUUUUUUUUCGGGAUGAUUGAUGAUAUUGGCCAUGAAAAUCAAAGUCCUAUGCUAUCUAGUGUAAAUAUUUUCUUUUUCAUACUUAUUGCGUUACUCA